UCCUCUAAUAUCGGAUGUUGCUCACACAAAUCUCAGGGGACUACAGCAGCCUGAUUAUUCUAGAAAAGGAAGCCCAUCUUGAAGGACCACGAGACUGAUUUGGAUUACAUCUUUGGUUCUUGUCAAUGAGGGAAUUUUGAAUUAAAUGUUUUACCGAGAAAUUAGCUGAUAGCUCAGAUUACUAGCAUGAACCACCAGCUUUGCUUAUCAAAACCAAAAUGAUGAUUUUUUAGUGCAUUAAGGAGCCUUCACUUUGACCGGCAGUUGAAUGGCGCGGUGCUUCUGUCGCUGGUGUAACGUGCUAUUCUGUCUAUGCACGCCGUGCAUCUGCCUGGCCCUGCUGUUCAUCUACAUUUCUGUCAUGGUGUGUAUGUCCAUGAAUGGCGGGGCACAGAAAAGCUUGGAAACUCUUCACUUUGUGGCCUCAGGAACCUGCAAGAACAAGAGCUUUGCAUCACACCCUAAAGCUUUCUGGGAGGUCACCCCGGACAGAGAUGCCUUCUGGAACCAGCUCCAGCUGGCCAUCGACCGUCAUUUCAACCCCAUCCUACACCAAAACAACACCAAAAGGAGAUCUGAAAAUAGUAACAUUCAUGAAUCCCCAUUGAGGCAAAGUUACUCAGAAGUUACCAACCUGGACAGCACAAAGAGAAACUUUGACGAGCUACCACAGGAGAUGCAAGACUUUGUGAGGCACAUGCAAAGGAGGGACUACCCAACCCUCAUCCAGCCAGAUGGAGUAUGUGGAGCUGGGGCAAAGGAUGAGAAGGAGCCCGUUAUGCUUCUCCUGGCCAUCAAGACAACAAAGCUGAAUUUCCAGAACCGACAGGCCAUUCGGCAGACCUGGGGUCAGGCGGGAUGGGUAGCAGGAAAGAUGAGCAACAGCAAUGGAGGAGAAGAAGCAGGAGGUUAUGUCCGCAGGGUGUUCCUGCUAGGCAAAGAAGAAUCUCAGGAGCUGGAUGAGGCUUUACUUCAGUUACUGCAGAUCGAGAGUAACCUUUAUGAAGACAUUCUGCAGUGGGACUUCAAUGACACGUUUUUCAACCUCACCUUGAAAGAUGUGUUGUUCUGGAGCUGGUUCUCACACUUCUGCAGUCAAACUCGCUUCGUCUUUAAGGGGGACGACGAUGUCUUUCUCAACACCCCGAAAAUGAUAAACUACCUCCAGGACCAGCUAAAGAAGCCACAAGCACACAAGACCAUAAAAGACUUCAUGGUGGGAGAUGUCAUAGAUGUAGCCAUACCCAUCCGAGUCAACAACUCCAAGUACUUCAUCCCAGACAGCUUCUACAAGGGCUUCUAUCCUCCAUAUGCAGGGGGUGGAGGGGUGGUGUACUCAGGCCUGUUGAUCAAACGUCUACACUACAUUUCUAAAAGGGUUCACAUGUUCCCCAUUGACGACGUUUUUGUUGGGAUGUGUAUGAUUCGGCUUAAUGCUUAUCCUGUCCACCACCCUGCCUUCCUCACGUUUGACUUUCCGGAAAAGGAAGGGGAGGAGCUGUGUGCGUACCACACAAUCCUAUUGGUACACAAACGAAGCCCCACCGAGGUUGUUAGACUUUGGACGGACAUGAAAAAGACACAGACACAGUGUUGGGAUGUGCCCCUGAGAGCUGCUGACAAGAACAAAAUCAAACAAACACUAUAAGUGGAUUAUCCCCUGGCCAUUUUUUUUAGCAAAGUUAGUUGAAGAAUGUUGCCACUAUAGUCUGAUAGUAAACAUUUUGGUGAACUUUGGUCAGAAAUAUGAAGAGGUAAAACUGUGGGAACUAGCGUCUGUUUUUAGUUAUUCCAGUUAUCCAUGUUCUGCUGUUAUAUUUAAUUAUACUAAAUUAAACAUGCCAACAGCAUAUAAGCACAUCAUUUCUAAACCAGUGUUUUUGCACAUUUUACAUACAUGUUUUUUUUUACUUCUAUUAAGGCUAUAUUAUAUAGAUAUUACAUAUAAUCAGACAUGGAUGUUAACUGCAACUUGACAGGUUGGAGGAGGCAUAAUUCUUGUUGCUCAUGAAUUCAACUUUUAGUUUGUUAAAGGAACAAUGUGUUCGUUCUACCCUCAAAUUACCUCUAUUUAAGUAUUUAAAAUGUAUUAUCAAAGCAAAGGUGUUAUUUAGGUGUUAAUAUGAGAUUGAGUUUACAGUGGUUGAGCCAGUUUUGCAGUACUGGAAACUGGAAAGGUCACCAAUCAGUACACUUACAUAACCUGAAUUAGGUGCUGUGCUGAUGUCAAUCAGCUUCCAGUGAUGUGAAAAGUUGGGUUCCACCUCAAUUAGGUUGCUUAAGAAAACUGUCUGUGAUGAAUGUGUAAAAUACACUCUUAUACAUUCCUGUAAAUUUGUUAAUUUUUUUUUCAUAUCCCAAUAAACUUUCAACACGUCCUGUUUUA